AUGUACAAGCAGAAAUAUGCUCCACCAAAAACCAAGAUUGAAAGGAAAAAGAAAGAGAAGGUGCCUACUACUAUAUCAAAGCCAGUUGAUGUUGAUAAGAAUGGAGGAAUCCAUGUGGUAAAGAUUCAAACGAUGUCUAGGUAUUACCCUACUGAUGAUAUGCCUAGAAAGCUGCUAAGUGACGGCAAAAAGCCCUUCAGUCUGCAUGUGAGGAGACCUCAAGCUAGCAUCAAGCCAUGCACCAUUCUGAUCAUGCUCACUGGCUGCCACAGGGGCAAGCAAGUAGUUUUCCUGAAGCAGCUGGCUAGUGGCUUGCUACUGGUGACUGGACUUCUGACCAUCAAUCAUCUUCCUCUGAGAAGGACCCAUCAGAAAUUAGUCAUUGCCACCUCUACCAGGGUUAGUCUUUCAGGUGUAAAAAUUCCAAAUCAGCUUACUGACGCUUACUUCAAGAAGAAAAGGCUCCAUGAAUCUAGACAACAAGGAGAGAUUUUUCACACAGAAAAAGAGAAAUAUGAGAUUACAGAGCAGUGCAAUGCUCAUCAGAAAACAGUGGAUUCUCAGAUUCCACCCCAAAUUAGAAAAUUACUCAGUGCUGUGUCUACCCAUGUUCUUUAUUCUCUCUCUCCAAUGAAGUUUAUUCUCACAAACUGGUGUUUUUAA